ACCAUAAAAACUAUUUUUUGCAGUAGAUAUUAUUUUGGUUUUUCAUUCCUAUUCCAAUUUUUACUUGUAUUUUUCAGAUAUGUGUCACCUGAAAUUAUUCUGAACAAAGGUCAUGAUCAAGCCGCCGAUUACUGGGCCCUGGGGAUCUACAUAUGCGAGCUCAUGCUUGGACGGCCACCUUUCCAAGCCAGUGAUCCUAUGAAGACUUACACUCUCAUCCUGAAAGGACCGAAUUGGAAAGACUGCAACUGCACUGGUGAAGAAGCUGUGCCGUGA